GAAAGGAUGCUCCGAAACACGUUGCUAGUUUGUUGAGUAUCUCUUAAUAACUUUUUUCUUCAAAAUGCUGGCGGGGUUGAUAUCUUAUCUCUUCGCAUAGAUUUAUGUUCCCGAUACUUUGAAGAUCAAGCACUGGAAUGGUGGGAUGGAAAGAAGAGGACAUUGACAUCAGUUCAAUAUGAUAGCGUCCAACAAGUCAUGCCCAUCACUACGGUCGAUCUAAUCAUAGCCCUUCCUCUCUGGGCGGUGGGGUCUGUGGUCCGCGUUUUCAUCAGUUUCACUUUCUCCCUGAGUGAUGAAUGAUGCGGUUCUUUUCAGUCAAAUAAGAGGUACGACAUAUUUGCCUGACCUCAAUAGGAUAUUUCUAUUGUGUCGCCACACAAGACCAUAUUGUUGCGUCGAGAUGCGACUAAUGCUGUUCAAAUGAUCGUUUUCCCGCUCAGAAUCAUGUUUUGGAAAGAGGGCGUAUAAAGUAUUUUGUGAUUUGCUGUUUUACUCACAAUUGGAAGUACACUUAGAACACUGAGAGGGCGUUGGUCUACUUUGCCCAGUGGAAGAUUUUCCAGUUGUGGAGUUGCUCACAUUCAGAGAACAAGAAGGAGAUGCAGAGGAAGGGGGGAAAGGGGAGAGUUAUGUCAGCUUGAGGUGAGAGUACAAAGGUGAUUUACAAUGACGGGCGCCUUUUUCCCAACUUCAACCCUCGUACAGUGAAUACAUUUACUAUUGGGAAACUGCUACUUGCAUGGAAUGCAACGAAUUUAUACAUUUUGACUAUGAUCGCUUGGACGAUCAAGUUUGCUUUGAAGAUGUCUAGACUAUGAUAUCGAAAAAAGUAUAGGGAGCGGCUCACUCCUAGUGACUUUUUUCCUUUUUGUCUUAUUCGUGAUUCUGAGCAAAACGCCUAAAUCAUUCUUUGGUCCUCCAGUAACGUUGUGGUCGUGAGCUAUAGCACUAGUAAAGGGUGCGUUCCAUGUCUGCCCAGUAUUGUGUACCGUUCGACAUACUAUGCCCAUCUUAUAUUGCAUCCUUUUUUUAUGUGUGGCGUGGUAGUUUUUUUUUUAUCAACACUGAUGAGAUCUCAUUGUUGUUAUUUUUUAAGCACUUUUUUUUACCUUUGUCUUUAAACUUAUUAUUGGAUUCCAUCGUAGAAUGCCGAAACUAUACGAGUACGAUGGUUGGUCCUACGAGCGGCUGCGUCAGCAGCGUGGUCGUGCGCAUUUUCUUCUGACUGAGCCGUAUCGCUACGUGACGGUUAUUCUAUCCCCGAGAUCUAGUGAUCCACACCGCCUGUUUUGCAUCGACAGUCCGUGCUACCAUGCCGCCGGCCCCCUCGGUGAGGGUGAUAUUGUUGAGAUUGAGAAUAUUCUUUGCAUCCGUUGCCCGUGGCACCGCUACCUCGUAUCAUUGGAGCGUGGUGAGGAGGUUCUUCUGGAGGCGGGCGAGAUGGAGUCAGGUGGUGUUGUAGCCAACCGCGACGAGAACUCUGCGGGGUUAAUGCUGACGACAGCAGGGGGGCUUGCCACGUCACGCGCGUCGGUCACUUGCGGGAAGGUUGUUCAACGCACCCACAGGGCUUACCUGGACGAAUCUACUGCGAUCCUGACGAUUGAAGUAGAGGACGAUGAGGUCAUUAGGCGCCACCCUAUAAAAUCAGAUCACUCGGCUCAAAAUAUUAAGUACGGCGACAUGUGCAUGCAGAUAUUCGAUAUCAAGUCGAAGGGGCUUUCAAACGAUCAUUCCAAGUCACAGAAUACUCUUCGUUUGUCUCCUUUUUAAACACCUUUACAGAUGGAGGCAACCUCCCAGAAAGCAAAUAAUAGUUUCUAUUGCAUUAUAAUGUGUUUUCCCCAGUAUCACAGUUAUAUGUACAGUCUUUGUGUGGGGUUUUACCAAAAAUAUCACUGGUGUUGUCUAUCAACAUCUGAGCUGUCUAGUUUCGUAUUAAAUUUGGUGUUUUUACUUGAGCGAUGAUCGAUAUGCA